AAAAAUAGCACAGAGACUCGAUUCUGUGUACCGGACUGUCACAGACUGUACAGUGUAUACAAACUUUGUACAAUACACAGAUGAUAUUAGGGCAACGAACAAGACAAUUUGACGAGGAGAAACUCGCGAUUCGUUGUGUUCUUGGAGAAAAAAAUUGGGACAUGCGUGAUUAGUGACGCGAUGCUAGAAUAAAAUGAAAAUCAGUUAUUGCAUCUUGCGAUACACACCAAUACAUUUGUACGUGCGAGUCAUCGUAUAACGGGGAUAAGUUACUCGACGCGCAUUCGUGACCAUUUGUGAUUAAAGGUCCCCACCUGAAAACAAUAGAUAAUCGUCCACUAUCCUGGAUCCACGAAACUCCCCUUUAAAUUGGAACGUACUUCGAGUACAGCCAAACACAUCCCAAAUGACAAAUACCAUGGGUGGAGCACACUUAUGUACGCCACAGUCCAUCUUUCAACAGAUGAUGAACCAGCAAAAUCCACAACAGCAACAAGUUGGAUCUUGGAUGCAAAUGCCGCAGAUACCACCGAUAAGCAUUCCAUGGAGUGUACCAGCCCUACAACAACAAGAAUUGAUUAGAUUUACCGGAGAUACUAGUUCCGGACCGAUACUCCAUCAGAAAAGAAAGUUGGAAGUGACAGAUGUUGUAGAUAUGUGUCAAAACAAGCAGUUUAUAACAGAAGAAAAAAUGACUGCACAUUUUAAAAGUUUGCGCAUUAGUUCUAUUCAUGAAACUGAGAAUCCAGUGCCAUCGACUUCCACAUCAUCUUCCACUCAUACACAAUUAGAUAUGGAUGUGGAUGGAAGAAAUAAAAUAAAUGAUGAACAGCUGACUGGUAUGCAUCCCAGAUUAGUCCUUUCAGAGGAACUCAAGCGAAUGCAAGAAGAACCUAUUUUGCCAUCGACUAUUCUGUCUAAAUUAAAAAGAGAGAGGGCUAAAUUUGGCUCUUUCAGGGAGAGGCCCUCCAUGGCUUUAGUUUUAUGGGAACCGCCAAAUAGGCAUCUUCGUAUCCUGCCAACAAGAGAUACUCCAACGCCAAUCCCGAGUACGUCAGCCGACAAUAAUAACAAUAAUAAUAAUAACAACAACGAUGGUACUCCUGACUUAAAUAAUGAAUCAAGUGCCCUAUCAGCGUUCGAGCCAAUGGAAUUGUGAAAAUCUUUAAGUUAGUGCAGCACAUUUUUAUCUCCAUAUACAUUAAAAAUAAGAAAAAUAUAAAUAUUAUAUUACUCUAAGUUUCAAUAAAACGUUUCAAUAAUCUAAGAUGUAAAGUAGAUUAGAGUCAGGGAUGAAGUAUAUGUGAAGCUUUACAAUAUGAUUUAUCACUUAUAUUUGUAAAAUAAUUAAAUAAUUGUAAAUUGGAAUGUAAAUUAGAAUUCAAUUUCUAAAACAAAUUUGAAACACAUCACUCUUUUCGUUUCAUUAUUCUAGAUAUUGCUUCAAUGUACUUCAUUAUAAUUAUGAUUUUGACUAUUUAAAUACGAUAUAUUUUUCUUUAUUGUAUAUGUUCUAAAGAGUGUGUUAUCAGAUUUUGUGUGUUAUAAUCUCUUAUUUAUAUCAUUUAUGUAAAAUAACUAUAAGAAAUUGAUAUUGAAUAACAGAAGUUAUUUUUUUUUAAUAUAUAUAUAUACACACCCAUAUAUAUAUAUAU